AUUUAUGGUCCGCCUUUGUGAUUUCCAAGACAGGGAAAAAAAACAGCUGGAUGUCUGUUAGCUCCUCUGUCAGCUCCUCGGCUAACCCACCUGGCUAACCUCAUCCUCCGCUCUCCUCAGGUGUUCCAGGUAGAGCAGUGGUUGGCUGAUGAUGGUGUAUCACGAUGGAAGCUCCUGAAUAUCUGGACUUGGAUGAGAUCGACUUCUCUGACGAUGCUGUGUAUUCUGUUCCGUCCGCCAAGAACAUUCCAGAGUUGUCCCGGAGAUCUGAUGUCCUUGGAGAGGAGAGAGCAGCGCCCCCCGGCACCUGGAGCCGCUCGGGGCCGUCCAAUGGCGUGGGAGGGGGGGUAAAACCUGCAGGCCUCUCUGAGGUCCACAGCAAGUUCAGACCGGUGAAGAGGGUCUCCCCCCUGAAGCACCAGCCGGAGGACCCCCACAGCGACUCCGAGGGGAAGGCCCCCGGGAACGGCGAGGCCCCCGGGAACACUGGGGCCCCCGGCAGUCCCGGGGGGGCCCCGGGGGAAACCAAGGAGGAGCCGGACAAGCCGGGCCACGCCCCCUCCUCGGAGGGUCCGGGCGGGCGGGGUGCAGAGGCCCCGCCCCUGGGCGCCGCCCUGCUGGGGGAGCUGGAGCACUACGACCUGGACAUGGACGAGAUCCUGGACGUCCCGUACCUGAAGAGCAGCCAGCAGGCCUCCACACUGCCCCGGCCCCCCGCCCCGCGGGCCCCCCCGCCCUCCGGCCUGGGGGGCACACUGGACCGUAAGCACGGGGCCCGGCGGCCGGGGGCCGGCCUGCACCACGAGGCCCUCAGCCUGGCCGGCUACAACCAGUACUCCAUGUCUCCAGUCAAGUGGUCCGACCUGAAGAAGUCCAAGUCCAUGGAUCCAGACCACCUCCAGGUCCAUGGGCUGUCCGCAGCCUCCACGGCCCAAAGAGAGCUCUCCUCUGCCGGGCUGCUCAGCUGCUCCGCCUCCCUGUCUUCCUUCUCCGACUCAGACAAGCUGCUCUCAGCCAGAGUGUACCCAGAGACCGGCCUCAAGGUGGGGCUGGACCCCCCCUGCAGCGCUGGGCUCCUGUUCCCCCCCGCCGGGAGCUCUGCUGCCAGGCCCUGGGCCCCCACUGGGGGGGCCACGGCCAGAGGAGGGGGGGGGGAGGUGGACGAGGAGACCAAGAAGAACCAGAACAUCAUCAACAUCAUCCGAGAGGGACAGAUCUCCCUGCUGCCCCACCUUGCGGCUGAUAACCUGGAGUUGAUCCUGGACGAGGAGGGCAACAACCUGCUGCACCUGUCGGCGGCCCAGGGCCACACAGACUGCCUGCAGCACCUCACCUCGCUGAUGGGGGAGGACGGCCUCAACGACCGCAAUGCCCAGCAGCUCACCCCGGCAGGCCUGGGGGUGAAGCAUGGCCACCUGGAGUGUGUGAGAUGGAUGGUGAGUGAGACGGAGGCGAUAGCUGAGCUGAGCUGCAGUCGGGACCACCCCAGCCUGAUCCACUACGCCGCCCGCCACGGACAGGAAAAGGUGUUGCUAUGGUUACUGCAGUUCAUGCAGGAGCAGGCCAUCUCUCUGGACGAGGUCGACCAGCAGGGGAACACUGCGGUCCACAUAGCGGCCCAGCACGGACACCUCACCUGCCUCCAGACGCUUGUGGAGUACGGCUCCAACGUGACGGUGCUGAACCUGCAGGGGGAGCGGCCCUCCCAGUGCGCCGAACGACAGGGACACACCACCUGCGCACGUUACCUGGUCGUCGUGGAAACCUGCAUGUCCUUGGCCUCCCAGGUGGUCAAACUCACGAAGCAGCUUAAUGAACAGGCCUCAGAGCGAUUGGCGCUACAGAACCAAAUGCAGAGAAUACUAGAUCCAAACACAUCGUCUCCAAGUUCCCAUCAGCCCUCGCUGGGGGCGUGGCCUGAGAUGACCCUGACGGCGGAGGGGACUCCAGAGGAAGGUCAUUGGGUGGUGCGCCAGGGGGGUGUGGCUCCCGCCUCGGUGCUAGGACUCCUGGGAAAGGAGCCUCCAGUGGAGAGGAGGGAGCUGAAGCUGGCCCGCCUCAAGCAGCUGAUGCAGCGCUCGCUCUCCGAGUCCGACUCGGACGGGUACCCCCCGGAGGAGGGCCGGGCCCCCCGCCACCUGCCGAUGGCGGAAGGGGACCCCGGGCGGCGGGCCCCUGGCCCCUCCCCCCCGGAGGCCGACCCGGACCAGAAGGCCACCAGCCCCAAGAGCGCUCUGAAGUCGCCGUCCUCGCGCCGCAAGCCCCCCCACAGCCUGAAGCUCCGGGUCACCUUCCACGAGAGCCCCGCCCCCCAGGAGCCAGGGGCCGCCAAGGUGCAUCAUGGGAAAGAGAGGACUCCUACGGGCGGGUCGGAGGGCAAGCGGCCGUUCGGAGCCUUCAGGUCCAUCAUGGAGACUCUGAGCGGGAACAUCAACAACCACAACAACAACAGCUCUAGCCAAUCAGGAGCUAGACACUCCACUUCCUGUCCAGGCUCACCGGGCAGGAAGUCUGAGAUCAAAGCCGGUCCCUCUGGAGGAGGCAAGGCUAAGACGAAAACCAGCAACGUUUGACCUUUAACCUCCCUGCUGGACUCUCUCUCGCUCGCUCACCCUGAAGACCAGACCCUGAAGACCAGACCCUGAAGACCAGACCCUGAAGACCAGACCCUGAAGACCAGACCCUGAAGACCAGACCCUGAGGACCAGACCCUGAGGACCAGGACCAGGACCAGACCCUGAAGACCAGACCAGACCCUGAAGACCAGACCAGACCCUGAAGACCAGGACCAGACCCUGAAGACCAGACCCUGAAGACCAGACCCUGAAGACCAGACCCUUAAGACCAGACCCUUAAGACCAGACCCUGAAGACCAGACCCUGAAGACCAGACCCUGAAGACCA